UGAUUGUUGGAUGAUGCUGUAGUUUUUUCUUUAAAGAAAAAAUGAGCUCACUAAUGCAUGCAUCAUACAGGACUUUUAUUGUGAAGUGCUGUAGCUUAGGCAGCUAUUCCCAACACACAGCCUGUCAGCUUAUAUAAGCAGAGGAUUCUGCUGAUGCCCAUCUAAUGCAUUCACCUUCGGUAAGCUGCACCGACCACAUUCCAGCCAGGAUAACUACAAGAGUCUGUAUGGUUUUAGAAUAGCUAUGGAUUUCAUCACAUCUGUUAUUCACAAUAUACCAGUCUUAAAGAACUACUUCAACGAAGAGAAAAAGCAACUGUCCUAUACAGGCAGGACAAACUUAGAAUGCAUUGCACCGCUCUUCCAGACUGUAGAGGAAACGCCGCAGCCCAUCCCUACUCAGAUUAUAGGGACUGUUCCCAGUUGGAUCAAGGGAAGCUUUCUGCGCAAUGGGCCAGGCAAAUUUGAGUUUGGAGAAGACAAGUUUAAUCACUGGUUUGAUGGCAUGGCUCUCAUGCAUAAGUUCACAAUUGAGAACGGAAAUGUAACCUACAUGAGUAGGUUUCUUGAAAGUGACUCUUAUAAAACAAACCAUAGUGAAAACCGGAUUGCGGUCUCUGAAUUUGGAACAACAGCCAUGCCAGACCCCUGCAAAAGCAUCUUUUAUCGCUUCUUGUCAAGAUUUGAAAUGCCUAAUCCUACCGACAAUGGGAGUAUAAACUUUAUGAAGUACCAAAAUGACUAUUAUGUCAGCACUGAGACUAAUCUGAUGCAUAAAGUGAACUCUGAUCUUUUAGUAACAAAAGAAAAGGUUGAUUGGAGCAAGUAUGUUGCAGUGAAUGGAGCUACUGCUCACCCCCAUUACGAUCCUGAUGGAACUACAUACAACAUGGGCAACUCCUAUGGAAAACAGGGUACUCAUUACAACAUCAUAAAAAUACCUGCCACGGGGCCUGAGACUGAAGGCACUUUGCAAGGGGUGCAGAUUGUGUGCUGUAUACCAGCAAAGAAUACAAUGAGACCUUCUUAUUACCACAGCUUUGGAAUGACUGAAAAUUACAUCAUAUUUGUAGAGCAACCAAUAAAAAUCAAUGUACUAAGGAUUCUUACCAGCAACUUAAGUGGUGCAUCAAUAGCAGACUCUAUAACCUGGGAUCCAUCAUGUGAUACUGUAUUUCAUGUGGCAAAUAAACACACAGGAGAGCUGCACCCUGUUACUUUCCAUGCUCUCCCAUUUGGAAUGUUCCAUCAAAUCAAUGCAUAUGAAGAUAAAGGCUGUAUUGUGUUUGACCUCUGCUCUCUCAAAGAUGGGAAAAUUCUAAGUGUGUAUCAGCUACAAAAUCUGCACAAAGCUGGGCAAGCCUUAGACCAGGUCUACAAUUCAGCAGCAAGGUCAUUCCCAUGCAGAUACGUUCUACCUCUAAACACUGACUCCAAUACUCCACAGGAUAGAAACUUGAUUUCUUUAAGUUAUACAACAGCCACUGCAACAAAUAGAGCUGAUGGGACGGUGUGGUGCACCCCUGAGAGUCUCUAUGAUACCACAAUGGAGGAACAAGGUGGAUUGGAAUUCCCUGCUAUUAACUAUUCCAAAUACAACACUAAGAAGUAUCGCUACUUUUAUGGGUGUGGGUUUCAACACCUCAUUGGGAGUUCUCUAAUUAAAGUGGACAUUCAGACCAAGAAGUUAAAGAUUUGGCAAGAAGAAGGUUUCUAUCCAUCCGAACCAGUUUUUGUAUCCUCUCCAGAUUUAAAAGAAGAAGAUAGCGGCGUGAUCCUUUCUGUUGUUGUCACCCCUCACCAGGAGAAAAGCACAUUUUUGCUUAUAUUGGAUGCCAAGACCUUUGCAGAGAUUGGCAGAGCAGAAGUUCCUGUACACAUGCCUUAUGGAUUCCAUGGCAUCUUUGUAGAUCAAGGUAGCUAAAAAGAUGGUGUAUCUACAAAAAGUUAGGUGGCUUGGGCCCUUGUAAUUAAUAAUGUAAGCGAAUUACAUUAUGCAGAACAUCAAAAACAUUUGACACUGGAUUGCAUCUGAAUGAAACCUUCACAUAGCACUGACAAGAAAACAUAUCAAUCGUUUUAUCUAGUCUGUAUCUCUGAUAAAAGCGUGCCUUUCUAGGUAUCAAUUAUCACCCAGACAAUCAAAGAGCAUUAAUUCUUUUAUACAGUGCUUGUUUAGACUGAAAGAGGCUCCAGUGCAUCAGCAUCGCAAGUCAAGUUAAACACAUUUCAGAUGAAUGGAACUGAGUUACCAGAUUGAUUCCAGUGAAAUACAUUUUCUUGGUUACAAAACUCAGACAUGCUUACCUGUUACUCUCAUAUAUCAGGAUAUUCAGUAUUUGUUACGUAAAGGUUUGAAUUCAGAGAAAAAUGGUAAAUAUGAUUUUAUUUAGUAUUAUGAAAAUCAUGUAGACCAGGAAGAAAUGUACAAGGUUGCAAAAUAGCCCCCAAAAUGUUCUUAAAUGCACAUUUCUAACCAAAAUUGGAGUGUCACUGCAAGAGACAGGCAGAUUCAACUUAAGUAAAUGCCAUGCUGUAUCUCCAUUUUCAAGUCUUCCUACACUGGCUGAGACACUAGCAGAAAAUGUGUCCCCUGUGUCAUUAUAUAAGUCAAACCAAAUUUUCUGCCUUUAAGUCAGCUUUGGCUUUAGACCUUGCCCUUAGCUACUUAAGUGCUAUUAGUUCAAACUGAAUGAGAAUCCAGAGACUCCCACUGGGGUAAGCAAGGAAGCCAAACACAGAACUCAGAGAAGGAGCUAGUAAAAACAGACUAGGCGUAGUAAGAUGGGCUGGGUCAGAACCACAUAAAUAACCAAAUAAUUGUGAGUCAAACUUGUAACCUGGAACAGACCAGCAUUGGAAACCAGGAAAUCUAUUCAGGUUGACUGUAAACUCUGAGCAUCUGUGGCCAGAUUAAUAACAGUAGAAACAAGCCAUGCCUACCUCAAUACUCAAGGAUGCCAAAGCACUGAACCAGGAACUGUAUGCUCAUAAAGAGUAGAUCUGUAGUAGACUAAAUACUAAACUGAAAGUCACAGUUUCAGAUCCAGGCAGGAUGCUACAAAGACCUAUGUCUGAUGUUUUCACUUUCAUUGAUUAGUAUGAGUUGUUACAGCCCAGGAACAGUCUGCAAAGCUGAACUAUGAAUGACAAAAACAUACUCUCUUGUGAGAAUGUCAAUAUGUACCAAACACAAUGUUAAGACACUGAACAGCAACAAUAUUUUGUUAUAUAUCCUAAUGCCUUAAAAAUCAAAUAAACUUAACGCUUAUUAACCUAA